AUGGGGGCCUCAUCUCACUAUGACAUAGUGAAGGAGCUGCAGCUUCCUGUGUUAAGCAAAAACGCUGUUCUGCAGCUGUACAUAGAACCUAAGAACUAUCCAAGUAAUCCAAGGGCAGCAUUACCAUGGGUAAUCCACCAUGAUGUGCGACUGGAAGACAACAAAGACUACAACCAGGUGAAGGCCAUGAAGCAGAAUCCUUCAGCACUGCUCUACCCUCUGUCACUGUUGCUGGUGUCAGGAGCCUGGCAGGGAUCUUCAGAUCUGACUUGUAUAUAUGACUCAAUGGAAACUGUUGUGUGUGACUGGACCCAAAGUAGAAACACCACAGAAGAGCAAUGCAAACUCACCGGCCACGUUAAUUCUGGGUACCAACCCAUGUACUUCGAGCCUAUUCAGUCACCUCCUCAGACAUGCUAUCUGCACGGCAUAGGCACAAGAAAAAGCUGUGAGCUGAUCUUUGACGAAGAGACAUACAGUUUGACUGUUUCAGAUGCUAUCAGCCUGGUUGUGUCUUGUCGUCUUGGGGAGAAGUGGAGAAAUGAUUCAAGAAAAGACAUAAAACCUUUUGAGAACCUUCAGCUCAGAGCUCCUCACAACGUCCAAAUGGAAAGUAGCAGGAAGCCUUCUUACAAUUUGACGUGGCAGCUUCGCAAUGUCUCUCAUUACCUAAAGACGUGGCUGGAGUAUGAAGUAUAUUAUAAAAAGCCAGAUGAGCCUGAUGAGGCUUCCACAAUCCUGCCAAUUAAUAAUGAUCAGCAAUGGGUAAACAUUGAGACUCUUUCUCCUGGCACAGUAUAUGAGGCGGCCGUUCGUGUCAAGGUGCAAAAUAUCAGUGGUUACAAGAGCACAUGGAGCAACUGGAGUUCAAUGGUACAGUGGAAGACCUACAUCAAAGUUCUUCCUGAAGAACCAUCCUCACAUAUCUCCCUUCCACUUCUUCUAACCUUUAUCAUCAGUUUGAUUUUCAUCUUCUUCAUUGCCACUGUUAAUUCGCAGAGACCAAAAUGGCUCCAGAAGGUGCUAAAGACCCAUUUACCAGACCCAGCCAAGUUCUUCCCAUCUCUCACGGCUGUCCAUAGAGGAGAUGUUCAGAAAUGGCUGUCCUCUCCAUUAUCCAUGGAUUCCUUCCACAUCACUUCUGCAUCUUCAGAUGUCUCUGUGCUUGAGGUACUGCAGAAAAACAACCGGGAACCUUGCCUUCUCCUUCCCAAGGAAUGUCCUAUUCCUAUGGAUGCUCCAGAGACCAGUGGACAUUCCUUAUCCAGCUCUUUUGUCAACCGUGGCUACUUUUUCUUCCACCACCUUCAUUCUCUUGAGAUUGAGCCCUGCAAGGUAUACUUCACAUAUGACCCCUUUGCUCAAGAAAACAGUGGCAGUAAGAAUGAUGAUUCCUCCCAAGUGAUCCACACAACAGGCGACCAUUCACCAUUGGCUUCCUACAGUCUCAUGGGUAGCCAAGAGGAUGUUUCAUUGCUGCAAGAAAUGAAGGAACCAGCUCAGAAGGUUCAUCAGACCAUCAACCCUCCAUCAAUGGGGAGAGCUCCACCUGCAUUAGCGGUGAAACAGGAUGAGACUCAGAAAGAGAGCAAAGCCAUCGAUCCAGCCUCUGUUUCUCCACAUCAGUCUGCCAUGGGUGUUUCAAAUGUCCAUAAGCAACCUAGCAGCAAUACUAAUGAAAUUGAGGCAGUUGUAGAUGUAACAACUCAUACCACCUCUAUAGGAGGUGAUGCACCUUCAUUUUUCCAGCCAAUGUUUCUGAAUCAAGGCAAAGCCAGUGACCUCUGCAGAACUGCAUCCACUGGCCAGGUCCCUAACUUUGAGGCCUACGUGUCCUUGAGGGAACUCCAGAGCAAAUACAGCCAUCAGUCCGUCUGAAUUCUGUUGGAAGAGUACUUGGUUACUUCACUGCUGACCUUCAUUUCCAGAUCAUUUAUGAACAAAUUAAAAGGCACCAAUCCUUCUAGUACUAUUCCAAAGCAUUUUCAGUGCUCACUUAGUGGUUGUGAUAGAUGAAAUGCAGAAAAUUUUAAAGUUUUUUUUUCUUUUCUUUCAAGUUCCUGACAACGCCUUUCCUGGUGCCCAGCAAGUGUUUCUAAAAAGUGAGUGGGACCAGGACAAAACCAAUGGCUUCACAAUUUUUAGAAAUUUUAUGUAUCUGCUUGAUGUAAUCACAAGGCUGCUCUAAAGAAUUAAGUGAACGGAUACCCAAUAAAAUCAUCUUUUUCUUCUUUUGGAUCAUUCAUGUCUUUUAGCUAACCAGCUAACAGGUUAGCAUGUUGAGUGGAUCUGAAGCACUGAUGAACAUUUCGAUAAAGUGAUCCUUGAGUGGAUGAAUGAAUUACAUGAUACUUUGAAGUUCAAAGUUUGCAGUGCAGUUAUGGACAAACUAAGGAAUUUGUUACAUUGAUGGAUGAAUUAAUUUCUGGAUAUAUUUCUUGAUAGAUUGGCUGACGAACUAAGAGCUGAUAAGAAACCAAUGGUCUAUCAUGAGUUAAUCAUGGAGUAACUUUUUUAUUUAUUUAACUUCCUGAAGCCUAUAGAGAGGAUACGUUGACAGUUUAAUUGUGUGUGGGGGGGGGGGGUGAACUUACU